AGAGAAUAGGGUUUUGUAUCUGUACUUUUUGUUGCUGAUGCAUUUCAAAUCGAUCUGAGGAAGCUAGAGUUCGUUUUACUCUUACGUUCUUUGGGGAAAAGCUAGGGUUUGUUUUGUAGAUUUGUGGAUCAGUUAGAAUUAAGGAUAUUUGAGAGAUCUGACUUGGUUCUUCUACUCAAUUGAUCAGGGUUUGCGAGAUUGUUUAGGGUUCAGCUAUAGUCCAGCUGCUUUCACUAUGGAAGACGUGAAGCCUUUAACUCCUACCAGUAAUUCGCAUUCUGACAAUGGGGCUUCUAUCGAAGCUCGUUUCACAGAUUUUUGUCAGAAUGGGUUAUCAUUAGAUGAAAACACCUCCGCGCAAGCCAUCAAAUUGUUCAAUGAAAGUAAACACCUUCUGUUGGCAACUAUAUCAGCUUUUGGAAGUGGGACGCCGGAAGAAGCAGAGCGAUAUUGGUUUGCGUUCAUUUUGUGCUCUGUGAAUAGAUUAAUUGAGAGGAAUUCAGAUAAUACCCGUCACGAGACCAAUGAAAAUGGCUUUACUUUAUGCCAGAUAUUGCGAGUUGCGAAGUUGAACAUCGUGGACUUCUUCAAAGAAUUUCCUCAAUUCAUUGUCAAGGUUGGUCCAAUUUUAAGUAACCUGUAUGGCACAGAUUGGGAGAAGAGACUUGAGGCGAAGGAGUUGCAGGCCAAUUUUGUGCACUUGAGCCUUUUAAGCAAGUACUACAAACGUGCAUACCAGGAGUUUUUCUUGACAAAAGAUGCCAAUAUGGAUAAGCAGUCAGCUGUUGCGAAUACCACAGGCUGCAUCUCAGAAUACCAUCGGUUUGGUUGGUUGCUGUUUUUGGCACUCCGUACCCAUGUAUUUAGUCGUUUUAAGGACCUUGUAACUUGCACUAAUGGUCUGGUUGCUGUAUUGGCUAUCUUGAUUAUUCAUGUACCUGUUCACUUAAGGAAAUUUUCCAUUAAUGACUCUACACAAUUUGUUAAGAAAGGCAGCAAAGGUGUGGAUCUUCCUGCAUCACUUUGCAACGUUUAUGAGACCUCAGAGGAUGAGUUGAGGAAAACAAUAGAAAAGGCCAAUAAUUUAAUAGCAGAUAUUCUGAAGAAAAAACCACUUUUGGCAUCAGAAUGUCGGACUGAAAACCUAGAAAAUAUUGAUACAGGUGAUUUGAUCUACUUUGAAGAUCUAAUGAAGGAACCAUCUUUGUCUUCCAGUUUAGAUAUUCUAGAAAAGGAUUAUGCUGAUGUGAUACGUAAUAAGGGUGACCUAGAUGAGAGGUUGUUUAUUAUUGAGGAGGAUAGCUUGCUUGGUUCAGGGAGUUUGUCUGGAGGGGCCAUGAAUAUCAGUGGUGCCAAGCGGAAGGUUGACUCAAUAGCAUCCCCAGCAAAGACAAUCACAAGUCCACUCUCCCCCUACCGCUCUCCAUCCAUUUCUCAUGCAAAUGGCGUGCUUUGUGGUAGAAACUCAAAGAUGGCAGCUACUCCUGUAAGCACAGCAAUGACAACUGCAAAGUGGCUACGAACAGUCAUUUCUCCACUUCCAUCAAAACCCUCAGCAGAGCUGGAGCGAUUCCUGUCAUUAUGUGACAGGGAUGUUACUUCUGAUGUGGUACGCAGGGGUCACAUAAUAUUGGGGGCGAUCUUUCCUAGCAGUGGUCUGGGAGAGCGUGGCGUUACUGGAAGCCUGCAAUGUACAAACCUGAUGGACAACAUAUGGGCUGAACAACGAAGAUUGGAAGCACUUAAAUUAUAUUAUAGGGUUUUGCAAGCAAUGUGUACAGCAGAGGCCCAAAUCUUGCAUGCAAGCAAUUUGACCUCUAUAUUGACCAACGAGAGGUUCCAUAGAUGCAUGCUUGCUUGUUCAGCUGAAUUAGUCCUUGCCACACACAAGACGGUAACAAUGUUGUUUCCUGCUGUGUUGGAGAGAACUGGAAUUACAGCUUUUGAUCUUAGCAAGGUGAUAGAGAGUUUCAUUAGGCACGAGGAUUCUCUUCCAAGAGAAUUGAGGCGACAUCUGAACUCGCUGGAAGAGAGACUUUUGGAGAGCAUGGUGUGGGAAAGAGGCUCCUCAAUGUACAAUUCUUUGACAGUAGCAAGGCCGGCCCUUUCUGCAGAAAUAAACCGUCUUGGGUUGUUGGCAGAACCAAUGCCAUCUUUGGAUGCAAUUUCCAUGCAUUUAAACAUUUCUUGUGGAGGCUUGCCUCUUGUAGCAUCUUUACAGAAGCAUGAAACUUCACCAGGUCAGAAUGGAGGUAUUCUCUCACCGAAGAGAUUGUGUAACGAACAUCGAAGUGUAUUGGUCGAGCGAAAUUCGUUUACAUCGCCAGUGAAGGAUCGGCCUCUGGCCUUCAGUAACCUCAAAUCAAAACUACCACCCCCUGCUUUGCAGUCUGCAUUUGCCAGUCCAACAAGGCCAAAUCCAGGAGGUGGAGGGGAAACAUGUGCAGAAACUGCUGUCAAUAUAUUCUUUAGCAAGAUUGUAAAGCUAGCCGCUGUCAGAAUCAAUGGUAUGGUUGAGAGGCUGGAGCUUUCUCAGCAAAUAAGGGAGAGUGUGUACUGUCUUUUUCAACAAAUCCUUAGUCAAAGAACGGCUCUGUUUUUUAACCGUCAUAUUGAUCAGAUAAUACUCUGCUGUUUUUAUGGAGUUGCAAAGAUAUCUCAACUAAAGUUGACCUUUAGAGGAAUCAUUUACAACUACAGGAAGCAACCACAAUGUAAACCUCAGGUUUUUCGUAGUGUGUUUGUCGAUUGGUCAUCAGCACGCCGUCAUGGGAAAAUUGGGCAGGAGCAUGUUGAUAUUAUUACGUUUUACAACGAAAUAUUUAUUCCUGCUGUAAAGCCACUACUGGUGGAGAUUGCCCCUGCUGGAACAGCUCAAAAAACUCACCGGGUUCCGGAAGCUAACAAUAGUCCUGAUGGUCAUUGUCCAGGAUCACCUAAGAUAUCUCCAUUUCCAAGUCUUCCUGACAUGUCUCCAAAAAAAGUAUCUGCGGCACAUAAUGUGUAUGUUUCUCCACUGCGGUCAUCGAAGAUGGAUGCUUUAGUUUCGCAUAGCUCUAAAAGCUACUAUGCUUGUGUUGGAGAGAGUACUCAUGCUUAUCAGAGCCCUUCAAAAGACCUUACUGCAAUCAAUAAUCGAUUGAAUGGGACCCGAAAGGUGAGAGGCGCUCUCAACUUUGACAACGCUGAUGUUGGAUUGGUUAGUGAUACUCUUGUGGCAAACAGUCUCUACCUUCAAAAUGGAAGUUGUUGUGCCUCAUCAGGUGCACCUGUGAAAUCUGAACCACUUGACUCCUAAGUUCCCAACUUGUGGUCUGAUCUUUCUUUGUAUGUAAAUCAAAGUUGUUCUGUAUAUAAUUUUUUUGUAAUCCAUAUUUUAAUCUAUAAGCUUUAAGUUUAUGGAGGGUAAUGUACGAGGGUGGGUUAAUGUAGAGUGACCGCCACUACCUAGAUCCUGGUCUUGGAAAUGUAGACAGCUCUAGUGAACUACUUUAAUGAAAUCUAAGUAAUUUUUCAUCAAUUUUUUUUCAA